GUCAGCUCCUCCAACAUGACCCGCCCCCAGUCAUAUGACGAGGGGCCGCGGCUUGGGGCGAAGCUGAGUGGGGGGCGGGCGCAGCAGGGUGCGGCGCGCCUGGACAGCUUCUUUAUUUUAGAUGUGCAGGAGACAAUGAAACUCAUCAUUCUUGAGAACUAUGUGCAAGCCAGUGAGUGGGCUGCAAAAUACAUUAGGAAUCGAAUUAUCCAGUUUAACCCUGGCCCAGACAAAUACUUCACUCUUGGACUUCCCACAGGAAGCACUCCUUUAGGAUGUUACAAAAAGUUGAUUGAGUAUUACAAGAAUGGAGACUUGUCCUUCAAAUAUGUGAAAACCUUUAAUAUGGAUGAAUAUGUAGGUCUCCCAAGGGAUCACCUGGAAAGUUAUCACUCCUUCAUGUGGAAUAACUUUUUCAAGCACAUUGACAUCUCUCCAGAAAACACCCAUAUUCUGGAUGGAAAUGCAGCUGACCUACAGGCGGAGUGUGAUGCUUUUGAGGGGAAAAUCAAAGCAGCUGGUGGAAUCGAACUCUUUGUUGGAGGUAUUGGCCCAGAUGGUCAUAUUGCCUUCAACGAGCCCGGCUCAAGUCUGGUGUCCAGAACUAGAGUGAAGACAUUGGCUAUGGACACCAUAUUGGCUAAUGCUAGAUUCUUUGAUGGCGACCUCUCCAAAGUUCCCACAAUGGCUCUCACAGUUGGAGUAGGCACAGUCAUGGAUGCUAGAGAGGUUAUGAUUCUAAUCACAGGAGCCCAUAAAGCGUUUGCUUUGUACAAAGCCAUUGAGGAAGGGGUGAACCACAUGUGGACAGUGUCUGCCUUUCAGCAGCAUCCCAGCACUGUCUUUGUGUGUGAUGAGGAUGCCACCCUAGAACUCAAAGUUAAAACAGUGAAAUACUUUAAAGGUUUAAUGCUUGUUCAUAACAAGCUUGUGGAACCCUUAUACAGUAUGAAGGAAACAGGAGCAGAAAGAAGACAGUCUAAGAAGCCGUACAGUGACUAGUUUCUUGGGGGCUGGUAUGAUGCUAAGCAGGCUCUUCUCUUGGAAAUCAGCACUGGAGGGGAAGAAUCCCUACAGAUUCUUCUUGUUCAUAAAUAAGCAGAGAUGUGCUCAUUUAUUGUGUCCAUCUUUUAAAAGAGAUGAAUGUUGAGUAGAUUGGGUUUAAUAAAUUAGAUGAGGAUGAGACCUUAUGUACUAUGUUCUAGCAACCUCGCAACUACUCACUUGCUACUGGUGAAGCCAAUUGAAAUGAGGUGUGUAAUCUAUAAAGCAAGUAAAUGAGAACAGGAAAUAGAUAUCCCUCAACUCAAAGGUGAGGAAUAUGAAAGGAAGUAAAAUCAAAUGGGUAAUUGUAGAAUGUAUUAACCCACACACAUUUAGGUUUCUCUCUCUUCUCUCCCCCCCCUUCCCCCCAUGCACUUAUUAAUCUCAACUGCACUAGCAUCAUGAAAUUGAAGUACUAGCACUAACUAGAGUUAGCCAUUAAAUAAACUUCCUCAAAGCUCCCCUGCAUUAAUUUGUACUAUUUUAGUUUUGGGGCUUUCUUGAGGAGAUGCUACCAACUUCAGUGUUCAUUGAUGUAUAUAUGCUAUGCACCCUCCACUUCAGCAAAAUCAAACGCACCUACCCUGGCUCUUGAGUGUUCUCAGCUUAAUGAAAUAGCUGCCACCAAAUGGUUAAACAGCAAUUGUUCCUUAUCCAUCUGUGUAACUCUGGCUGCUAUUUCACUUCAUGGUCAGAAUUCUAAAAAUUCAAACAUUAUGUGAAUGCCACUGUAUGUCAAGACUAAGGCACUGUCAUUACAAUCAAGUCUAAAUAUUUAGUCCCCCAUCCCCUGCAAUGCCAUCAAGUGUUCUGUUAGUUGUAGCACUAUAGGGCCAACUGCCCUCCCCCAAAUCUUCUAGCCAGUUCCCCUCUUGCCUUUCCUCAUAAAUCAUGGUGGUACAUGCAGGGAGACCUGUCAUAAUUCAGCUGUCCAUGAACUUAGCCCAUAUAUUUAACCACCUAAAUCUACUUUGUGAUGAAUGAAAUACUCUACUGCUCUUGACCAUGCUACUUCCAAAACUCUAUUGGCUUUACCUUUAUUACUACCAAAAGGGCUUACAUCAGACUACUGAAGUGUAAGUCACUGGUGCUGUUUAAGUGGGGGAAUAUGUAUUUGUUUACAUGGAAAUCCUACAAACUAUUCAUAAUGUAACUUUCUACAUUAAAUGCAGUAUUUUUUAAUCCAAA